GGCUUGUAUUUAAUACGCGCAAUUUAAGCGCCAUUUUGUUUACGUUUUUGUAUUGAAUACAAUAAUACAAAAAACAUUAGCAAUGGAUUUCAAUCAGAGCACAUACAACUUGGAGUUUUUUAACUUCACGCCAGAACAGAUAGCUGCUGAAAGGGACAGUCUAGUUCUAGCGCUCAUCGGCCGAGCUGUAAAGACGACGAUACAGAAAAUUGAAACACCAGCAACAACGGCCUUACUGGACCAAAGUAAGGAUGCUGUCAUCAGCUUAAUGAUGCAAGCCUGUCAGUCAAAGCUUGAUAGCCUGCGUGAGAUGGAUAAAGUUUAUUUUGAAGUACCCCCGCAUGUGCUGCAGAUCAAAGACUUUGAGCUGGAACAGCGGUUCACCAGUGAAGAGGAAGAGGCAAAGGCUGCACAGGUCAAAGAGCUGAAGCUGCGUUAUCGUCAGAAUUUGGCUAUGCUGGCUGAGCUGAAGGCAGAAGAGGAUAAGUACAAAGACAUAGAACCGCUCGUGCAACAGGAACUGGAGAUGCAUAAGCAAAUUUAUGCUGCUUGUGCGAACUCCGACAUCAAAAAGAUAUACGAAUUCGCAAUGCGUGUGGCUAAAGAUCAUAAACACUUGUAGGUUGUAUCAUUCUUUCUA